UCACGCCCCCGAGCCACGUCGCGCAUCACUCGCCAUUUUCCCCAAUCUUAGCGGGCUACAAUCACUUGAUCCUGUUAUUUUCACCCCAAAAGCGAUAAGGGCACGCAUUUGAGCUCAUCUGAGACUCUUUUUGGAUCACUGCGCAGUAUUUAGUCCCUUCACGUCUGCUGAAAGAUGAAUAUCUUCAGGCUAACCGGCGAUCUGUCCCACCUAGCAGCCAUCAUCAUCUUGCUACUAAAAAUAUGGAAAAGCCGUUCCUGUGCCGGAAUUUCCGGAAAGAGUCAGAUCCUUUUUGCCUUGGUCUUCACCACUCGCUACUUGGACUUGCUCACAUCCUUCAUCUCUCUCUACAACACAACCAUGAAAGUCAUCUAUAUCGGAUGUGCGUACGCCACCGUCUACCUGAUCUACAUGAAGUUCAAAGCGACGUACGACGGAAACCAUGAUACAUUCCGAGUGGAGUUUCUCAUCGUUCCUGUCGGUGGCCUCGCAUUUCUCGUGAAUCACGACUUCUCUCCGCUGGAGAUCCUGUGGACUUUCUCCAUCUACUUGGAAUCAGUGGCCAUCCUGCCGCAGCUCUUCUUGAUAAGCAAAACGGGCGAGGCUGAGACCAUCACCACCCACUACUUGUUCUUCUUGGGACUCUACAGAGCCCUGUACCUCAUCAACUGGAUAUGGAGGUUCUACUUUGAGGGAUUCUUCGACAUGAUCGCCAUUGUUGCAGGGGUGGUGCAAACCAUCCUCUAUUGUGACUUCUUCUACUUGUAUGUAACGAAAGUUCUCAAAGGGAAGAAGCUUAGUUUGCCUGCUUAAGUGCCCAAAAGACUGAAAGAGGGGGACGGACGGGCCAGGAGGAGGAGAUGACGCAGUGGAUACCUGGGACUCCCCUCUUCCCCAUCAAUCAACCAACCAACCACUCCCUCCUUUUCAACUCCCUCUAGGCUAGAUAGAGUAAGAUGCCUGAGACAGAGCAAGUAGGAGGAGCUGUCAGCAUUGUCUACUGACCCAGCAUCUGCAGAAGCUUGUUCUAAGCUUAUUGGCUCUCUGUUUGACGCAUCUUGCAUUAAGUUUUUUUAUUACUUUGUAUAAAGGAAGGGCAACAAAGUGAGAAACAUUUUCUAUGUUCAAAAAAAAAAAAUGUUUGAGGUUUUGUUGCAUUUGCAAUUUCAUUUGGCCUUGUACAAUACUGAAGCAGUUAUGGUGGGCUAUUCACUUUUUGAGGUGGUGUGUGUUCGAAAUAAAUGCACAUUGCUUUUCUGUCACUUGCAUUUUGAGAGAAAGACUUUGAAUCCAUCAAACUUGGUGAAAACCAAAAAUCAAAUUGUAAUCAGUUUUAGCAGCAAACAGUCAUGUUUUUUAAACGUGAUUUUUUUUUGAAAAAAUACAGUAUAUUUAAGUGGCUUUCUCCAACCAUCAUAUUCAUUAUACUGAUUUGUGAGUGCCCAUUAAACUGUUCGGGAAACAUUACAGUAAUGCAGGGUUUGUAUAUUUCUGGUGGGUGCAGAUGUUCAUCAUCUUUGUAAUGAACAAGUCACAAUUGUCCCACUGUUGUCUAUAAUUGUAACUUUUAGAUCACACUAAUGCUCUACAGAUAUGGCUGUAGUUGGCUUUGUUUUCGAGGUGUUCACGCAGGCAAUUAAAAAUGUUCAAUUAUCAGCUUUUUCAACAUGUUGCCAAUGCCACCACAAAUAAAGGUGAUACAAUC